UCUUCGAUUUAGUCCGAAACUGAAGUACACAAUGUCCCUAAACACUCAUUGUCUCCCACUCCUGUUCACAUUAAUCUCUCUGUCCUGCUGCUUUAGCACCGGCAGUUACAUAGAGGACCCAUUUCGCGUCGGUUUUCGUCAUGGCCGUGCUUAUCACCGCCCGACGUCCUAUCAUUCGUACUUUCGCACCUUCGACCAUGUUCAUAACAAACGAAACUACCGUAAUCCCUACUCGGCGAACCGGUUCGACUACGAUGCCAAAGUGCGUGGUCCGACGACUCCAAAGAUAGUCAAUGUCGAUGAUUUUGGAACUAAAGCUAAUGGAGCAGACGAUUCUCAGGCGUUCGAGCAAGCUUGGAAGUAUGCAUGUUCAUCUUCUCAAGGAGCUACUAUGGUGGUACCUAAGCAGAAGAUUUAUCGUCUUAAGCCAAUUAACUUCUCAGGGCCUUGCAAAUCUCCUCUCAUAUUGCAGAUCUAUGGAACAAUCAAAGCUACCGAGGAUCACUCGGAUUACGAAGAUGGCGGAAGACGGUGGCUAUUCUUCGAUAAAGUUCAAAAUUUACGUGUUGAAGGCGGAGGCACAAUCGACGGCAGCGGUAGGACAUGGUGGGAAAAGUCCUGCAAAAUCAACGAAGCCCUCCCUUGCAAGGAAGCCCCAACUGCUGUGACCUUCAAUGAAUGCACUAACGUGAGAGUAUCAAGUCUGCAGAUAACAAACGCACAACAAAUGCACCUUACGUUUCAACAAUGUGUGAACGUCGACGCGUUUAAUCUUCAGGUGAAAGCACCGGGGAAUAGUCCGAACACCGAUGGGAUCCACGUGACCGGAACCCAGAAUAUUAACAUUAACAACUGUGUCAUCGGGACCGGAGAUGACUGCAUCUCGAUCGUUAGCGGCUCGAAAAAUGUACAUGCGACCGGUAUAACUUGUGGUCCGGGCCAUGGCAUCAGCAUUGGGAGCUUAGGAGCCGGAAAUUCUGCGGCUUUUGUGUCCAAUGUAAUAGUUAAUAAAGCGACACUUUCAGGAACGUCCAAUGGAGUGAGAAUAAAGACUUGGCAGGGUGGAUCGGGAUAUGCUAGAAAUAUCAAGUUCCAAAAUAUUGUGAUGAACAACGUCACUAACCCUAUCAUUAUUGAUCAAAAUUAUUGCGAUCAACAAAAAACAUGUCGCAAACAGGGUUCAGCUGUGCAAGUGAGCGACGUGCUUUACCAGAACAUAAGAGGAACGAGUGCCUCCGGCGUGGCCAUGAAAUUCGAUUGCAGCCAGAGCGUUCCUUGCCGGGGAAUCUACUUGCAGAACGUGGCUUUAAGGGCUGAAGAAGAUGAUAAUACACAAGCUUCGUGUUCUAAUGUUAGGUUAUCUUAUACAGGAGAUGUUUCCCCGCCUUGCUCGUCACAGAAUUAAGACAAGCCUAUCUGUUAAACUAUAAAAUAUGAAAUAUAUUUAUGUAUAAUGUUAAUAUAUC